UUACACCUCCAACUCAACCUUAAAGCUAGUUUAUUAGUAACCUGUUCCAUAGUGCUCACUCUCCCCUUCGCUCUGUGAAUCAUCAUGACUAAGGAUGUCGAGGCUGCUCCUGAGCAGACUGAGUUCACUGCAAAGGACUACUCCGAUCCUCCUCCGACUCCGCUCAUCGACAUGGAUGAACUCACCAAGUGGUCACUGUACCGUGCUGUGAUCGCAGAGUUCAUAGCCACUCUUCUGUUCCUUUACAUAACGGUUGCAACAGUUAUCGGAUACAAGCAUCAGAGCGAUCCUGCUAUCAACGCUGAUGCCGCUUGUAGUGGUGUCGGAAUUCUUGGCAUUGCUUGGGCUUUUGGGGGGAUGAUCUUUAUUCUCGUCUAUUGCACUGCCGGGAUCUCUGGUGGUCACAUUAACCCCGCAGUGACCUUCGGCCUAUUCCUAGCGAGAAAGGUGUCUUUGAUCCGCGCGCUACUCUACAUGAUUGCUCAGUGCCUAGGCGCGAUCUGCGGGGUUGGGCUCAUCAAGGGUUUCCAGAAGGCCUAUUACGAUCGCUACGGUGGUGGAGCCAACGAACUUGCCGAUGGCUACUCGAAGGGAACUGGCCUCGCUGCUGAGAUUAUCGGCACCUUUGUCCUUGUCUACACUGUCUUCUCUGCUACUGACCCCAAGCGCAGCGCUCGUGACUCCCACGUGCCGGUUUUGGCUCCGCUUCCAAUUGGGUUUGCAGUGUUCAUGGUCCACUUGGCCACCAUCCCUAUCACUGGGACUGGAAUUAACCCCGCUAGAAGCUUUGGAGCUGCUGUUAUCUACAACAAGGAUAAGGCUUGGGAUGAUCAGUGGAUCUUCUGGGUGGGCCCAUUCAUCGGUGCAGCAAUCGCCGCAGCGUAUCACCAGUACGUCCUGAGAGCAGGAGCUGUGAAGGCUCUGGGCUCUUUCAGGAGCAACGCCUAGAUAGCCACUGUCAGUCAAUGCUGCAGGCAGGCAGGCAGGCAGGCGAUCGUGCUGGAACAAAUAAGGGAAGUUAAAAAAAGUCUGAAUGUGUGAAUGGUUAGUGUGCGUGCUGAAUUAAUGAACUGUAGAUAUGCAAGGAUUGAAAUGGGGAUUUUUUUCAUGCCUUGUAUUUCCCCAUUCUGUCCAUAUCCCUGUAAGCUUUCUGUUUCCUCUCAAUGAUGGCUCCUACUGAGUGUAUCUGGAAGGUGUUGCAUUUCCAAGUCUUUGAGGCUGAUAAAUUGACAAAUACUAAUCCAUGUACCCAUAA